AUGGCUCUUGUCGACCCAUUCGCAAAUGGGAGGCGUAUCAGAUAUAAAAAUGUGCAUACAAACCCCCGCGAGGCCAACACAAACUCAUACUGGGAUCUCGAGAAUCAAGCCAUGUAUCCAGUGGCACAAGGAUUUCUUACCGCUCGCGAAGACUAUCCAGAUGCUUACAGCAAUCUCAAGUUCGACCGAACCGUGUCGGAAAUAACGCAUGAUGGUGAACAAGAAACCAAGGUUGUCACGGGGGAGGACAAGAGACCUGGAGCUCGAGAUUCUGAAGUCAAGAAAGCUGAGGAUGACGUGGAAAAAAAGUCAUUGUUGGUAAUGGAGGCCUUCAGCUUGUCUCAACUAUACUGCCAGACGACAUCCGGGACAACAUUCCGCCUUUGGAUGAUCAACAGCACAACGAAAUGUCUUCAACCUCUGUUCGGUGGCAACACGCGAGGCGAUAGCAGCGCUUACAUUGACAUCAGUUUGCCAUUUGGACAGUUUGAAUGGCAUCGACUUGGAAGUCUCGUGAAGAACGAGGAGAUUCGUCCUCUUGAGGACUUCGGGGCCCUGGUCUACCUAGUGGCGCCGCCAGACUGGAUGUUCAAACUUGCCCAAAUGCAAAAGCGGCUCGAGGCGCAGGAGCAGCAACGUCUCAUGGAGGAGAAUAUCUCAGCGCUAGACAGCCAGGCGAGAGAGGAAGAAUGGCAACAGCAAAACCAUGACCCAGUCGUUGAGGCCGAAUCAGGCAGCAUAGCGGCCACUGGCUUUUCGUACACGGAGCACUUGCAAGAAGCCGACAAUGACCUCGGGGAUUCCCAAUAUAACACUAUGGAGAUAGGUGACUCCCAUGACGCCCCUAUGGUUGAACCUCAACCAGAGGCUAGUUCAUCUCGAGCCGCCCCGAGCAACAGGGACCGAGCGAAACAUAGAGUUUCGCGGAGAGAAAAACGCGUGACCGUCGAGAAAAGAACGUUCGGCGGUUACAAAUUUGUUUGGGAGGGGAAAACUGUCACUACGGAUAAGAAUGAGUGGAAACAGGAAGGGGACAUCUUGCGGCUGAGGCAACCGUGGGGAGGCUACUCCAUCUGGGCUAACAAGCCUUGAGUCCGUUGAAGAGGCUCUAGGCAUUACUACAAUUUCCCAUCUUUGUUUGUAUCGUUGUACUUGCGACUCAGAUUCAAC